AAAGACAAGAAGCAGCAGGCAUCCCUAUCUGUGCGUGUCGCUGGUAGACAGCGCGAACCCCGCUCCCAUCAUCGCGAUGGCAUUCGAUACGCAGUGAGGACAGCCUGUAUUGCUGCUCGCUGGCCGGCAACAAGGUGAGUAUGCUACCGCUCAAGAGCUGCCAUCUGUACAUGGAUUGCGGGCUGUGCGUAACAACAGAGCAUCCUCACGGCUGCGGCUGGUGUGGAGACCACUGCUCGACGGCUGCCGACUGCGGCGACGGUGGCGCCUUCAGGACCGACACGUGUCCUCCUCGAAUCAGAACGUUUUCGCCGACUUCUGGCCCCCUGGUGGGCGGAACACUCAUCACAAUCCACGGCGACGACUUUGGCUUACUCUUCGCCAACAUCUCCGUGUUGCUAGGCGACAGCGUCUGCAACAUCGUCAAGUGGUCGAUGCAGACAAUCACGUGCAUAAGCACGAGGCCGCGGGGCAUGCCCGAGAGUACAACUCCCGACCUAGAGAGGGCGCUGGUGGUCACCGUCGACGACAGGAACCCGUACGAGGAUCGGCAGUAUCGGAUCGAAGGUCGCCAUCAGUCUCUGGUGACCUUCAGAUAUGCGGGUGUCAGGUUCGAGUCCUUCUCUCCGAGGUUCGGACCGAUGGCAGGCCGGACUCGCCUGACCCUCAGCGGUCAGCAUCUGGACGUCGGCACGCAUCGCGGCAUCAAGGUCGCAGGAAUCCAGUGCGACAUCUACAGACGGGUGUCUAUUUGCGGCGGUGGCCUAUGCUUAGGAGCUGAGCUGAAUGCGAAAAUCGAUGUUCCACUUGAGAGCAUACAGCAAACUCUUGUGUAG